GUAGUUUUUCAUCAUUUGUUUUCAAAUCACCUGGUUGGACUUGCUUGUGGCUACCAAGUUUGACAAAAGUUGUUGUUUUUUUUCCAUUUCUUCUUGUUGAAUCUGAAGUGAACUUAUAUGAAUAAAGCUGAAGACAUUUUAAAAAGCUCACAGCAGGACUUCGGUUUCAUAAUGCUUAAUAUUAUGUGUUGCUAGGACGAUUUUUACAGAAAUUUUCAACCUUAAAAAGAACCCCCAAAAAAUGAUUACUAACGUGAUCGUAGUUAUUUGCAUUGUGUCCAUUCCAACAUUUCUGUCCGGGGGAGCUGCAGGACAGCCACACCCAUCCAAGAUUGUGGUCAUGAACAGUGGUGGAACAGGAGGUGGGUCGGACUCACCUACACCUUUAAACAACCACUUUAACACAUUCCAGCAAGUCAUGGACAGUUUGAGUGAGGAUGAAUCUGACAAUGGUGAAAAGGAUGUUGACAAAAUUCAAGUGGGCUCACCGUUGCAGACAUUGCUGUUUAAUGAAAGGGAUCCCAUUCAAACAGUGUACACAAAACAGGAUUCUGGGGAUAUCCCGAAGGAACCAGAUUUUUAUACGGAGUAUGCCAAAGAUUCAUCUAUGCUCCACGAGACGUCCUCUGCUGUAAUAAAAAGACUUUGCAAUGUGAAAACAAAGAAGAAGACUCCGUGCGCCCAAAAUUUAUGUCAGUGCGUGGGUGAUCUUGCCGACUGUUCGGGAAAACCAUCUGCACCGAACAUUGGCUACGCACCAAAACUGCCGGAAAACAUCAAAUGUAUAUUUCUGGCUAACAAUGAAAUCAAAUCGUUGAUCGAAAGCUUCUUCGCGAAUGUUUCCAAUUUUCUCGUGGUUGACUUGAGUGGCAAUUAUUUGAAGACCAUUUCAAACAGGACAUUCGAAAGAUUAACCAACCUGCAAUACCUUAUCCUAAACAAUAUGAAGGGUUUUAUAGAUUAUAAAAUGCUACGCAGUGUGCUCAACAAACCACCCAAACUACGGCUUGAUCUCAUGGGGAACGGGUUGAAAGAGGUUCCAUCAGACUACUUCUCUAAUUACCGAAACAAAACGAUGGCUCAGAUUUACAUGGAUUUCAACCACUUCCCUGAUCUGAACCUACGAGAGUUCUCCCAGCUUGAAAAACUCAGUUUCCUCAGUUUCGCAAACUGUAGCGUGAAUUCGGUGACGUCAGCUUUAAUGCCACGCUUGACGGGGCUCAACUUAAAAAAUAACGUUAUCACCGCCUUUCCCAAAACGUGCGACGAAAAGCCGACCGUGUCAGAUGUUGGUGAUAAUCUAAAGAAAAGUGCCAACAUGACGAAGAUCACAUUAUUUCCAUCUCUCUCGCAACUUUUAGACUUGUCUUCGAACUUAAUCACCACACUUCCUGCGUGGGACGAGUUCUGCCUGCCAAAACUGCUCACCCUGAACCUCGAUCUGAACAACUUCACGAAGAUUCCAGAGAAAACGUUCACCUCGCUCACGUCUCUCAGGCUCCUGAGCCUUAUAAGAUCCCUGUCUCCCAUCACGAGCAUAGGAGCCGCUGCCUUCGGGAUACCGAACAUGACGACGUUGCUUCUGAAUAAGGACGGCAUCGACUUCGGCAGCCCGAACGUCAGCACGGCAAUGUUCGAAGGCGCUUUCAAAUUCUCGCUUUUAUCUUUGAAAGAUAACCACUUUGGAAACAUUUCGGAAGCGUCCAUUGAAGAGCUGUUCUGGCACAUGCGAGGUUUAAGAAAUCUGUACAUCAGUUUCUGCGGCCUGAAACAGAUCCCCGUGCAGGCGCUCUCUCAGCUGUCCCACCUGCAGAAGAUCAUGCUGUCCGGAAACGAUAUCGUGGAAAUACCGCCGAAAGCCUUCGAGAGUCUGAAGGAGCUGGAGAGAUUAUCCCUCGAUGCGAAUCACAUUUCUUGCGUCAGGGAGAACUCGUUCUCCAACGACACCAUAUCCAGGCUGAAGGAGAUUGACCUGAGCAAAAAUGACUUCCUCUGCAAUUGUGACCUGCUGUGGUUUCAGUCGUGGAUGAGAGAGGCGCCGCCGAAGUACUUCGCCAACUGGAAGCUGUAUCGCUGUUCUGACCGCCCGAGUGUCGCCGUCCAAGACUUCGAGCAGAGCCUACAAGCCUGUCUACUGGGCCAAACAGCGAAAAUGCUGUUAGCGGUUGUGACUGCUGUCCUUAUCGUGCUUUUUGUAGGAUUUGCGAUUGGCUUCCGCUACAGGUGGGACAUCAGGCUCUGGAUCUACGAGAAGAGGAUGCUAUCACGUGGUCUGGGUUUCAUGAUACCGGAAGGAGCGGACCCAUACGAUCUAUUUAUAGUACACUGUAACGAUGACGCAGAGUGGGUAGAGAAAGAUCUGGUCAGCGUCAUAGAGGUAGGCAACUUUUUUAUGAUUAUGUUUCCUUCUUACAAGAUGGGUAUUUCUUUAAUUUACACGGCUGGACUGGCUUUGGUCAUAAAUUACAUGAUAAUUUACACAUUCCUUCUUAAAAGAUUGGGCUUUCUUUAGUUUAUACAGUUGGAUUAAGUUUGGUCAUUGUUGUUGUUCGUCAGUCAACAUCAACUAGGACCAUCCCGUCAUCCGGUUAGGGGGAAGGGUGGGUUACAGUGAGUUCGUAGAAUUUGGUCACAAAAUUACAUGAGACCUCAUACAUGUUUGGUUACCUUUUUAGUAAACUUUAGCUUCAAUCAUGGAGAAGAACAUUGAUUGGUAAGAAUAUGAUGGAUAUUAUGUUGAGAGAAAGUAGAUUUUUAGAAAGUCAACACGAAGAACACUUUCAGUUAUUUACUCCAUAAGAACACCUUUGUCAGUAAUGCAAUAAAAUCAGUGACGUGUUGACGUAUUUUGCUAGAACACCCCAUCAGUGACGUAUUUCACUUGAACACCCAUCAGUGACGUAUUUCACUUGAACACCCAUCAGUGACGUAUUUCACUUAAACACCCAUCAGUGACGUAUUUCACUUGAACACCCAUCCGUGACGUAGUUCUCUUGAACACCCAUCAGUCUAUAGAAAUCCCUUCCUUAGUGUCUUACGCAUAUUUCAAAAAAACAAAAAAGUUACACCUAUAAUCAAACUGUUUUGCUAUGUGACAGAAUCGCUGGAAGCUGAAGGCCUGCUUACACAGCAGGGAUUUCCUGGCAGGCGGCCACAUCAUCCAGAAUAUCAUUGAUUCCAUGAACAGGAGUAAACUCAUCAUGGUGGUCGUCAGCGCCAACUUCGCCCGUAGCAGAUGGUGCAAUUUUGAGCUACAGCUUUGUCAGUCGUAAGUACAACUCAUUAACGAUACUUUUAAUACGCUCUAGCGUCCGUAAAAUCUGUAUUUUUGAAAUACUUGUAUUGAAUCACGUAAAGAUUUUUAUUUAUUCUAAGACAGUUUAAUGAAUUUGAGCAGUGAUGUCAUUAGGGGGUUGGGAGGCUGUAUCGCUGUGUUGAGAUUAUGCAUCUUGUGGAACCAUCAGAAGUAUUAACCUAAAAUGACUGUCUAUAAAUGUGUUCACAUUUCCAAGGAGUUUUAUGAGGUGGAGGUGGGGCUUAAGGAAAACAUAAGUUAUCGUAUUGGGGGACACCCUGCUGACGUCACUGCUCACUUUCCCUCGUAUUAUUCCUUGCAAGCUUAUUUCAGUAUCUACUAUAGCUUCCACAUCUCUUAUGAUUAUGCUCAUUGUCAUGAUUUAACAAACUGUAAUUGAUCGACACCAACAGGCAUGUUAUAGAAAAUGACCUUAGGAUACUGCCCGUCAAGUUGGAUGAGAUCGAGACUCGUGACAUGAGCGCCGCUCUGCUGGCCCUGUAUAAAACGUCUUGCUUCCUGGAAUGGCCGGCUAUGGACUCCAAUGACAGGGACGAGGUCUACUGGGGGCAUGUGAGGACUUUCUGGUCACGCUUAAGGAAAAGUUUGAGUGAGUUGAUCAAAGACAAGAAGGAGCAGACCAGCGUCAUGGUUGUGGAUGAUGCUGGAAGAAGGUGAGGCACGGACUGGACAAUUCUGUGUGUGUAUAGAUGUUCAAGUAACUCAACAUGGAAACUCAUUGUAUAGGGCUGCCAGAAUGCUAUCUGCGACUGUUUGGUGUGUGGGUCUCGUUCUGUGUAUCCAAUGGUUUUAGUGGUCAAAGAAGCCAGGCUCUUAUGUCUGAAACAGGAAGUGAACAACAGUCCUUAAACCUUUAUUCAACAGCAUCAACCAGACAGCUACAGUACUAGAAAACGGGUUUCAAAGAUUAAAGAUAACACAUUAUGUUGUGUUUAAAAAUAUGUGGAACAACUUACAGAAUUAUGAAGGAACCAGAAACAUAAUUAUAUACACUUCUUUUUAAAUAUAACUUUUGAAAAAAGAAUUAACAUAGUUACCGCUAUAUGAAAUUGUGAAAUAAAUUUGGCUUAUGGGACUAAAAUUAAAACAAAAGAAUGUUGAACGCCAGUGAAAAUGAAAUAUCGUUAAUUGAGAAUGCAC